GGGGCCGGGAGUCAGUUUCAAUUCUCGCCCGCACGGUAAUUCAUCCAAGAGCGACCGACAACCCGUGCUCGGUGCGCGUGUGUGUGUGGUCGUUUUCGCCUGUCGGCAUCUACGCGUAGUGGUCGUUUCGGAAAUUUUGUCACCGUUGUGUCGGUGCCGUUCUUAACAGUGGAAAGUUUGCGGUCAAGAUUGUUCCCAGGCAAGUGAUAAUAAAUCAAGUGCAACCGUGUAAAAUAACAAGUGGAAAAACGAGUGUUGCCGGGAAGCAGUAAAAGAAAGGGAAAAUCAACAACAGCAGUGUGUGUGUGCGUGUAUGUGUGUGUGCGAUUUUUGUGCGUAAGCUUCAAGAGUGUAAAUCCCCACGUUGAGUGGCGCAAUUCCUGUAAGAAGCGAAGCGAAAUAAAAUCAAAACAUCAUCAUCGUUCCAACGUCGCCUUUAAGGCUUACUGCGGAUCGUGAUCGACCGGCUGCUUCCCAGUGAAAGGUGCGUGCGUGCGUGUGUGCGGUCCCUUUUUCGUGUUUAACCGUGGAUGAUUGUGCUUAAAACCCGGGAAGGUCCAAACACGGAAUAAAAUUGAAGCAAUUCGGAGUUCCGAGCCGGGUGGUACGGUCCAACCGGUCUCUAUCCUCAGCACCGUGAGCCAUAAAACGAGGAAAACCCAAAGGAUAAAACCGUACCCCCAAACACACAUACAAACACCAUAGUAGGUUGUAUAUUUUUUUAGGCCAGCCUGUUCUGGUGUUCCGUUUUCCAUUCACGAAAACUCUCGGCUGGCCAUUCUGGGAGGUGACGCAUUUUCCGUGUGUUUUCUUUCCUCUCACUUUUCGGUGCUUUUUCCACGGCGUGUAGAGUGUUGUGUACGUGUUUGUGUUACCCGGGAGGUCUUUCGGGUGUUAUUGUGUGUGUGUAAGUGUUUGUGUGUAAAGCAAGGAGCACUUGUAAGAAGUUUUGUCACAGUGGUGGAAAAGAAAACACACACACAGAGGGAAAGGAUACGCAACCAUUGACCCUCGCAAAUCGUAUGUGAACCGGGCACCGGGAGAACAUUCCUGGCGGCGACCCGGCCGAAAAAAUAAGCAACCAGGAGUGCAGUGACAAAGGAACCGUCAAAGGAAGCAGAAAAAAGAACCUCCACAGCAGUUCAACAAACAGCAGCACCCGGCACGAUCCAACCAGGUACGCUGUGCUGCUCCCUGGGCCGUACUCACGUCGAGUAUUGCAAUUUAAUUAGACCACUUGAUCGGCUGCUGCAUGCCUUUGGCGACCGCACGUGACAAAGAAGAGCCAAUGUCAAUGUCUUGAGAGCUUUGGUUUUAGUGGUACGGUAACGGCGCACAGGUUACACACAGACAACAGAAGGACGGGAGGCCGUGAGAAGGUUGAGUGACCGUGUUAUGAAAUGUUGCCCACUGACCGUAUAAUGUUUGCGCUUCGCUUCCGGGCAGGCGAUAUUAAAUGUUUCAAAAGUGUAAGCUAACGGUCGUGCGUGUAACAACACGGCGAUGGUGAACCAGGUGACGGGACGGUAAUCAUAACGGACGAUAAGCCGAUGCCGAUGUGGGGUGGAGAAAGGGCGUGGGAAGAAGAGGAAAAUUAAUUUUUGCGCCUGAGUAAUGGUAACUUUUUUCAAUAUCUUUGCCCCGCGAGAUGGUUUGCGGCUCAGCAGAUCCCCGUGGUGGGUAAUGGGAAAAUCGUAAAGCAUGCUUAUAACUUCUUCACAACCCGACGGUUGCCCAGCAGAACUCCUUUCGCGGAAGGUGUGAAAGCUUUCGUUUGCACCUCUAUAAGUCACAUCCAAUACGGACCACGUUCGCGGCGGCACUCGGAGCCACGUCGCGUAAAGUGAGCACAAAUUGAAUGGAUGCUUUUGGACAGGGACAGGAUGCACCAACCGGCUGGAUGACAUUGGUCCGAUGGCACGUUUGGUGAAACGAUAGUGAAGAAGAGUGCUGUUUUCGUUGUGUGCGAACUUGGUAACGGUUUUGCGGAAGCUGCUGAAAAUUGUGUCAGCAGUAAAACAUACAGGGAAACAAGAAGUGAUGUGUGUUUGAAAAUUGAAAUCAUAAUAAAUUUGGUGAAACAGCCAAGACAAACAGGACAACGACCUGUUUCUGAAGUGGAAGACACGGUAAGGAGGAAUCGGUGUUCGGAACGUGGAAUUGUUUGGUAGAAGUGAAAAUAGUCGACACAAAUCAGGAAGAAUGAUGCUGGAGCUUAAGCUGAUUCUACUCUGCCUGCCCUCGAUCCUGCUCGCCACAACGCUCGACUCAGACAACAAAUCCAUACUGGCCAACACGGACUGGAAAAAACUAUGGCUAGAGUCUGGGCAGCUGAGCUCGAGCGGGAGGAUAGACAAUCACCUCGACAGCAGUGAUUCGACGCUCAUAGACGACGGCGAGGUGAUGGCGCACAACACAACCGUCCAGCUUGGUGGUGUCGCGUUCCUGGUGUGCAAAGUGGCCGGCGUGGACAGAGUGGGUGUAAAUUGGAAUCAAAUUUCGUGGAUCCGACGGCGGGACUGGCACAUCCUGUCGUCCGGCGCGCAGAUGUACACGAACGACGAACGGUUCGCGAUUCUGCACACGCCCGGCUCCAACACGUGGACGCUACAGAUCAAGUUUGUGCAGCGCCGCGAUCAUGGUACCUACGAGUGUCAAGUUUCGACACCGACCGGGAUCAUUUCGCAUUUCGUUAACCUGCAAGUGGUCGUCCCGGAAGCGUUCAUACUCGGUUCCGGCGAGCUGCACGUGGAUAUGGGAUCAACAAUCAAUUUAGUUUGCAUAAUUGAGAAGAGCCCACAGCCACCGCAGUACGUGUACUGGCAGCGUAACGAUCGGAUGAUCAACUACGACGACUCGAGGCGAGACAUCACCAUCGAGACGACGCCCGGCCCGCGGACGCAGAGCCGCCUCAUCAUCCGGGAGCCGCAAAUCAACGAUUCGGGCAACUAUACCUGCUCGGCCAGCAACACCGAACCGGCCAGCAUAUACGUGUUCGUGUCCAAAGGUGACAACACGGCCGCCAUUUCGCGCCGAAAAACGAGCGGUGCCGCCGCCACAUCACAGCUGUCCGCCAUCCUGUUCGAGUGCUUGUUCUUCCCGAGCGUGAUACUAUCCUAUCUGCUCAAGUCAAGCUACGCCUAAUGGAUGGAGCCCAUCGUGAUGGGACGUGCGGAAAUGCAUGCGGUACGUGAGCAUGAGCAAAAGAGGUGCCCGCAACGUGGGACCCAUAGCGCAAUACAGGUUGAAACUGGUGGACGAAACAAAACGCGAACAUUUACGCUAAACCCGAAUACAAUUCCCCCUCUUUCGUUGAGCAACAAACUGAGGGGAAGCAACUUCCAAGAAGUGACGCGUAGCUUACUCUAUAAACAGAUAGAAGAAAGUGGCUGAUGGGCGGAAACCGAGGGCUGGAGUGCGUUUUGCCAGCCGAAGGGAAAACUCACACAAAACCGUGUAAUCUUAAAUGGAAAACGCUCUUCGAAGUCGUUAGAAGUUGUAGGGGCGUCUUCCCUGUAAAUAGGUAGGAAUGGUUUGUUUUUGAUGAAUUUGUUUCCUCCUGUUUUGUUAAAUCUUUACUCACUCGACGAUACUGGUGGACUGGAGAUUCACAUCUGGCAAUGGGUUGCGUUAUGCGAGCCUCUUAAGCAAGACGCCGGUUCGAUUGGUUUGAGGUCAGAACAAAAAUUGAAGACCCCUAGAGGUAUUGUUUUUUUACUUUCUAUAGGCUGCAAACAUCUCGUCGCGAGUGAAGUGUGCGUGUGUGUGCAGCCAUUAAAUAAAUUAACUCACUGCAUACGAAACAAGCAAUAUGAAGCGCACAAAAUGUGCAUGAAAAAUGGAAUGUACACUCACAGCAAAAGAAAAAGUACACUGCCUGUUCGGAGGGCCGGGAAAAACAGAAGAUGGAAAAAUGCAUACGAAAGCAAAGAAAAACAACCCCAAAACCAAACCAAGCACGCACUCGCGCAAUGAUGAUGAACCGCUGGCGCACACGAUGGUCACGUGUAAAUAAAUCGAGAGCUUAAAAAUUAAACUGAAGCAAAGCGCAAUUACGGACACAAUGCGAAUAUGGGGGCAGACGAAAGGAAAAUGUGUUUUUUCAUACCCACACACACACACACACCGCAACACAGCUUUAUCGUCCGGCGGAAAGCUCGACGUAUUCAAUGGCGUGCAUGCAUUGUUAAAAACGCAAUACUAUAACGCCGAAUGAAUUAAUCAAACAUGACUUGUGCCACCGGAAUCGAUGGUGCAUGAUCCGUUUGUGUGUGUGUUUGGGGUAGGAAACAAUGCGAGAAAUCUGCUGGAAGCAUUCACUCACGCACACACACGUUGAACGGACUCUAAAAUGGUAGGAACAAGGCGGAAAAACCGAGCGAAGUGAUUCUUCUCUUGACGAUCCUGACCCCGUUGCAGGAGAUAAAAAAACAGACGAACUAAAGGGCAAUAUGUGACAAACACAAAAACAACGACUUGCAUAAUAAAGGUAAAGGUUAAGCGCACACACACACAAGUGAAUGAAAACAGUAUUCUGCAAACAUGUUUGUGCGUGCAGCAAAUUAACACAAAUGGUAAAUUAAACGCUGCAUGAACCAGCCGGUGAAUUGAUGCAACAAUAGAGGCGGUAGGGGAGGGGGGGUGGGUUUGGGUGGCCAGAUUCCAAAAAAGGGCAAAUAAAAAACCCCAAUUCCGUCGAAAAGCUGACCGAAAUUUGUAAAUACACAAACACCCUCUCUCCAGCAAUCCCCGUUUUGCUCCUGCUCCAUGCAAAAGUGCAUUAAAAAUGCAUCAGAAACAAAGGCAAAUGUGAAAAGCAAGCAACAGCAAAACCAUUCGCAUUUUAGUUGCUACACGAACCACUCACAAUAAGGCAAAGCAGACAACAACAAAAAGGAUCGACCGGAUAAUGACCAGCGAGUGCUUCCUAUUUUCCAACCGGUACGAGCUGAUAUCCAACCGUUAACCGUUGUGAUCCGGCUUUGAUGCAAUACAAAGUGCAUUCGAAUCGACAGCAUUUGUGUGCAGUUUGAAAAUGGAAACCCGCGCGAACAAAUGGAUGGCUGUUUUGUUUGGCUGUUUGGGUCACGAUAAACAUGUCCCCGUUCGGGUUGGGUGAGUAGCGAUCGCGACUGGGUGGCUCAAUAAUUGCAAUGGCGUACAGCUUUUUUUUCGCCUCCCGGACGCAUCAAGCGUGAAAAAUGAAGGUGAAAAUGAAGUGCAUAUUUUUAUUUGUGCGCUCUCUAGCUUGUAAUUCGCAGCAAAGGUUCGUUCGGGUAUGAACGAUUCCAAAUUGAAGCUUAUCGCAAUGAACCAACCAUUAAUUAUGCAAAACGGUCACGCAAAAGGAUAUUUUUAUUCCAAGCGUUUAUCUUUCAAAGUGUAAUGGUAACAUACAACGAUUUGAAUGCCUGACAUCGGACCCUAUUUAUAUUUUUAAACAAAUAUUUAACACAGAGGUUUUGUUGGUUCGCUACGCAAUCUUUUUAGCGCCUUAAAGUAUGCAAUAUGGUGUUUGCUCAUUCAAAUGUAGCUUCCCGUUCGGCUCGAUCGGUUAAUAUGGGGGGCUGCUUGAAAGCAAUGCGAGACUUUCUUCCCAACCGAUACACCCCCAGACACUGGGGUUGCCCGCUUUGACCUUGCCGAGCCAUUUCUGUCUGCCUGCCAAAUCAUAUUUAUCACUUCGAACCAUUGUUUCGCGUCCAGCAUUCGUUCGCGGUCUUCCCGCUGAACCGCGUGGAAAGUCUGUCGCUCGAUAAAACGCUCGUUACAACGCUCGUUUUCGGGUUACACCGAAGAAAGAGCUUCCCAUUCGGUGAAGCGCAGUCCACAAAACGGACCAUUGUUUUACCCAUGCUGUGUUUCAACCCUGUUUUUUCCCCCCAAAGUUACCUCUCAAGAGAGCAGUUUGCAUGCUUGUUUUACGCUCUCUCUCUCUCUCUCUCGCUCUCUCUCUCUCUCUCUCUCUCUCUCUCUUCUUUAAUAAAGUAACUUCCAGCACAAAGCAAUUCCCACGAGAAGAAACGGAGGGGGGUUUAUAAAAAAUGGCACAAUUUUUAGAAUGUCAUCCACGCCAUGGCCUUUUCUUUGCCCAGAAACACAAUGCUAGGCAGCGCUAUGAAAAGCUCGUUCGAAAAGUAUAAUUUACAGUUCGUUCUUUUCACUUCAUUCCGAUGAACGACAAACGGUGAUAGGGGGAGGGAAACAUUUUUCAAAUUAUUACUGUUGAAUGUGGUUCGGAAUGAAGUUCCGAAAAUUCAAUCAAAGGUUCGCUCGAGCGAGCUGCAGCGUGACGGUGCUGGAUGCACUCGAUAGCGUCAAUGUGGCGCACACUGGUCGUCUUCACGUCUUUAAAGCGAGCCAAUUUUAAGAAGAGAAACGUCCUGGCAAUCUUCCUGCAGAACACUUCAAACUGUAUGAGUGUGUGUGUGAAUGAGUGGUUCACUUUACUUUUACUGCCGUAAGAUGCAAAUGCAAGCUUUGCUACAAUUUAAGCUUCAAACCUGACGCAUUGUGUGCAUGGGUGGGUAUGAAAAUUUGAUUUUUCCUGGCGCGAAAAUCACCACGACUGUAUUUGUUUCAUUUGAACGUCCUGCAGCUAACUCUAGCCAGCAAAGUUUGCAACGGCGACCCAAAAACCCGAGCUCCAGUCCACCAGUUAAGGUUAAGAAUUUGAUCAGAUCGUAAGAAAGUGUAACACAAUUAAUACUUCAUUCAUUCUACCGUGUGUAGCAUGAAGAAUCAAUGAGCUGUACAUAGUAAAGAGAAAAUACAGUGGGUCCCGACUUGUGUUGUUUUUAAUUACAAUAAAAACCGAACCUUUUAUUUCUAAAAUAUUGUAUGAAUGCAAUCUAAACACGAAAACCUUUAUUAGAAAAAAACAAAUAUUUAGAACGAUAAAAACAGAUUGCAAAACGGAUUCUAUUUCGAUGCUUCUUAUCUAUCUGAGCACAAUGUGUGAGAUAUUGUUUUGUUAUCUUCCUAUGCAUAAGUUUAAGCUGUAUCAUAAAACGAAAAGCUAGCAAGUAAUAGUUUAUUGAGUUAAAGGUUGCUAAACGAGAACACACACACUCACAACUCAAUCCUGGCUGUCAUUAAAUUGUGAAAAUGGGUUUUGCGUUACUUUGCUACAAGCAGAGGGUGCAGAAACGUAUAAAGGAAAAACCACACUCUCACACGCUGCGAACUAAAUUAAAUUGCAUUGUAAAAGAAAAAAGAAGAGGAAAAAAACGGGAAGAAGAAAAUAUUAAAUUUGUUACCAUUUUCUGGAGAUUCUAGUCUACAGUACCGAUUACUAAGCAAAAACACAUAGUCUUUCCGUUACCUAGUGUAAAAAUGAAAAUUAAAACCAAAAAACAGAUAACAAACAACACAAAAACACUCCAUUACUUACAGCGCGGUACGAAGAAAAACUAGCUGGAAAAAACGUUCACACACACACAAAGACCAGUUAAACAUUUAAAGGAAAAAAGAACACUGCUCGAUGUGGCAAAUAAACGAAAACAAACGAUAAAGUAAAUGAAGCAAACGGUGAAACUCUGAAACGAAACAAAAGAACAAACAAAAAAAACUCUGUAAAAUAAAUUCAUUUUCAGUUCGGUAAGAAAGUGUAAAAAAUGAGAGCAAAAAUCUACAAAGGAAAAUAAGAAACAUACAAAACAGAUGAAGAACGUGAAAGAAGAACUACAAAAACUAGCAAAAACAAUUACACUGAAAUGGUAUUCACAAACACACUCACAUUACCCAAAACAAAAAGGAAGAAAAAGGAUGAUAAAAAACGAACAAAAAAACUCGAAACUGAAAAACUCAAACAACAUAUACAGCAACUAAUACUUUAACGGAACACACAAACACACACUCACACACAAGUAAGAAAUAUGUGAAAAAAGUAGUUAAAUCUCUUCGAUCAGAAAACUAUGUUAAUGUGGUGGAGGAAGCAGCAGCAGCAGAUGUGGAAGUAGGACUUCCACACGAAACUAGCGAAAAAUGGGAAACAAUGGAAUUAGCAAAAUGAGGGAUAGGAUUUGAAAGUAUAUCUAGUGGAAUUGUACUCGCUCGCGAUGGCUAUGUGUGGGUGGCCCCCCGCACCGGGCUACCGGAAGCGUGAUGGGAAUGGUAAGCGUUUGCUCGAACCUCUUCUUCGAACUGUCUUUAGUGGGUCUCGGACAAAGCUGUGCGUGUGUCCUGUGUCCAUCUGCCCCGGUUCGGUGGUGGUUCGGUGGCGUAGGAUAGAUGCAUUUAUCACACAGGAAUUUAUUGUAGUAAACAGGGGUAAUGAGCGGCAAAUGGGUGGGCACGUGCAUUUGCAUCAUCAAGCACGACAAUAUAUUAAACCGAAGAAAAAAGCGAUAACUCGAUAUUGGAAAGCACGGAAGAAGCAAAGAACGAAAACCCCUUUAAGGCGCACACACAAAAACUGUCAUUUAAAAUUGUUUGAGUAUAAAAAAAGCGGCAACACAAAGACACGAAACUAUCCACAACACGGGAGGGUAAGAAUCAAUUGAUUAGAGCGAUUGCAUUGGGGGAGGUUGAAUUGAGUGGAAUGGUGCGUAGCAAAAUGAAAAUGAUUAUAAACUGGAAUGGAACAAACCAACAGGAAGUAAACAAGAGCAAACAAAAAGUCUAAUAAAAAAAACAAAACUUUCUUUUCGUAUAAAAAUUUAA